GUUGGCAAAACUGACGACUACAGCUGAUCGAGAUCGAGGGAGGCUCAACGAUUGGUAAACGCAAUGCAAGGGCAUGAGAAGUCGAAGAGAUGAUUUCACCAUUUGUACGUAUGUAGUGUGAGAUAGAAAGGUGAAACUUCGGAUGCUCGUCACCGGGGCAGAAGAAGGGCUGUAUCGUAUUUCGGAGAUAGCUGUCGAUUUCGGGGCUGAGGGUGAUAGCUGGUGGACUGAAUGGCGGGACUCGAGGGGUACGAUAGACAUUACGGAACUCGUCCGAUCGAGCCGUGGGAGGUCGGUGCUGCGUACCCGAGCAAAUACCACGGCCGAGAGGUUAUACGUCCCCUAGAUGUCCCCGUGGUUCACCCCCUCGCAGAAGACAGUCCACCCCCAGAAGACGAUCUGACUGUAAAAAGAUACGUCGGAUUAGGCUGCGGUCUUGCAAGUCUGAUUACGGAAAAUCUACUGAUACACCCCUUCAUUGUACUUCGAAGACAGUGCCAAGUGAACCCUAGCGCCGUCAAGUAUCAUUUAGUUCCGAUAACUUUAGUGCCCAUCAUCAUACGGCUACAUCAAACUCAGGGCUUGAACACUCUCUGGAAAGGAAUUGGCUCCACACUUCUCGUCAGGGGUUUGACUCUCGCUGUCGAAGACCUCGUGUCGAAAAUCACACCCUGGCCCAAGGAGAUUACUUGCAACAGUUCGUUGAGGUCUUUUGGACAGCAUUUGCUUCUUAAGUGCGUGUCGAUUGGGAUAGUAACACCAUUCUACUCUGCUUCAUUAGUAGAAACAGUUCAGUCAGAAAUUGCUUCUGAACGUCCAGGGAUCUUGGAUGUAUUCAGAGAUGGAGCCAUCAGGCUACUUGAAGUAGGAAAUAAAGGGAGAUUGAUUCCAAUUUAUGCUCUGUUACCGCCUACGAUUGCCUAUGGAGUGACAAAGUACCUUUUCACUCUAAUUGUAAGAGGAGUUACCAGCCGAAUAAUGCACGUUAGACACAAGCAUUCUCAACAACUGAGGGGAGCUUAUAGCAGAGAUUUGGUCUCUGAAUCAGUGGUUCAAGACAUAGAACUGCACUCUAUACUCGUAUCCAUGUGUGCAGCUGACAUCAUUUUUUAUCCCUUGGAGACGGUGAUUCACCGGUUACACUUGCAGGGCACAAGAACUAUAAUAGAUAAUCUUGACACGGGACGAAGCGUUACGCCGUUACUGACAGGAUACAGUGGGGCUAUCGACUGUUAUCGAACGAUUAUAUCUACAGAGGGUCCUUUCGGAUUGUACAAAGGGUUCGGUUCACUGAUACUGCAAUUCGCAGCUCAUGUAUUAGUUAUACGAGCAACUAAAUGGAUACUUACCGAAUUGACUGGGGUAAUGAGGCCAAAAGCAAAAACCAUAAAACCACCACCGCUCAAUUACUACAACGAUAUUUGAGCCGGAUAUUUUUCUUUGAUUUUUAACAAGUUUAUAGUGAUAUAACUUUGUAUGAAAUAUUUUACUAUUAACAAUUUUUCUCCGAUUGUUAUUUAUUUUUUUUUUUUUCUUGUAAACAUUAAAAUUGUUAGCAAGAAUCAUAUUACGUUUGUGAUCUCUCAUAAGUUUUCGGUCGAAUUAAUUAUCGACGAUUACUAACGACUAUACCACUUAGUAACAACUGCGUUAGUUCCUUCAAGUCGAGCGAUAAUGACGUGAACGUACUAUGUGCGUGUAGUUACAUUAACAUGCGAGUGUAGCCCGUGGUUAUCAGUUAUUCAUGAAUCCUAUUUAUUAAAAAACCCUAAGACAUAUAAUUGUAUAAAAUGAUCGAUUUGAUAAACAAAUUUCAAUUUCUCAUCGAAUAUACGACAUUUAUUUUGAAAUUUAAUCAGAGCAUCGUUUUUUUUAUCACUGGGUAAUCGGCUGGGGGGAUAUAAUUCUUUCGCCGUUUUCUGUAGGACGUUUGCCCAAGAAACACCAAUCCAAAUAUUGAACUAACUCAAAUGUAUUUUAAUGUUUGUAGUGGACACACAAGUAAAUUAUACUGGCAACUUUUUCACUGACAUAUCUAUUAAAAUACUCUCUUCUCCGACGUUAAUAGAUUAUGAAGGUUCUUUGAGAUAAGAAAAUGUUUAUGCUAGUAAUAUAUCCAAACCGCCGAAAUAUUCUGUUAAUAGUUAAAUCGUUCAUGAAUCGAUAGAGUUGCUGGUUGUAGGGACUUGAAAAUUUUAGAACUGUUCUGUAAAUAUUUCGAAAUAACGUGGAUAGAAUUUUACUUUAGCUAGUUCGUGAUUUACGCGUAGAGCAACAAUUAGUCGUGGUGAUUAUAAGGUAGAAAGUGCAUACGCGGAAUAAUUGUAGCAUAAUUUAAAAUCUAUCGCAAAACAAUAAAACGUUGAUGAUAAAUACUUAUUUAAUUCUUGGUUUAUUAUAAAUAUACCCUUGUACAGUGUAAAUUAGCUUUAAUAUAAUAUGCUAUCUCUUCUAACACGUUUAUUCUGAGUGCCAUACGGUCCUGACCAUGGUCUUCAUUAGACUGAGAGAAUUCGAAAUCUACAUAAAUUAUUAUGUAACAUUUAUCAUUUAUCAUCACAAGUGAAAUAAAUUGCGAUGGUUGAAUAUUCAGUUUAAGCUACGCGAUUCUUCUUUGUUAACAACUUCAACGCAGAGCAAGGUUUUGGUGGUCGAUGAGCUUUUACCCGUACAUUGUUUGUCAAGUGUUACCUGAUUCUCAAUCUCUGAAUCUUAUGGCUUUCAAUACGGGACAUGCGGUGCAGCGUCUCAGUUUAUGCUACAUGAAUAUAUUUCAUUUAUUUACACGAACAGUGCGUAAACUUCUAUUUAUAACGCAAAACCAUUUGAUUAAUUUGAAUCGAUGUGUAGCCAAUAAAUUUGAAUUCCAUCUAAACUUUACACAGGGUUUCUAUCACUACUCUUUCUUUCUUUCCUUCUUUGUUUUUCUCUCUUUCUCUUUCGUUUGAACUAAGGAUAAGCUAUCUCUAUGUACAAUAUAUUACAAAAAAUCUUUAUCAUCGCAUCUCUAUGAACGGUCAUUAUGACAGUAGUUGAACUCGUAGCUUGAAAUUGAGUUUCUAGCCGCAAAGGUACACAGAUGUUCGGGAUCUAAAGUUGUGUUACUGUUUAGAGGAAAUCCUUUCUUUUUUUUUUUUACCGUAAGUAACUUAUAUUUUAUUAAUCUAUGAAAAACAUUGAACUUUAUACGAGCAUUACAAUUGCGGUAUUAGUUCAUUUCUAAUUUGAUCACGUAAACGAAUAUUUAGUAUGAAGAUCAAUCGCUCCUGAUACGCAGUAUUUAGUUGUGUAAAAAAAAAGAAAAAUAAUUUUUUAAAACAGAGAUGAGAACUUUACUUCGUAAAUAAACGGAGGUUGUACUCGUACUAACUUUUAAUUCAAUUUAAUUAUUUCUACCGUCCCCCAUCUCCGAGAACCUCCGCCAUAAGAAUACGAUGCGUAUGCUAAUAUCACGGCGAAUUUUGAAUGUGCUCACGAUGGUCGACAGUUACACAAGGUGACCCAGGACUACCGUCCCAUAAGCACCAAUAUUUUUCUCGCAAAAUCUCCGACUGAAACGUUUUUCUUAUGAACUUACUCUUUAAAGAAAAUUUGUGGUUUGCGAAUUACAGCCGUGGCUAAUCCAGUAGCAUCUGAUGGCUCGGAACAGCUGCCGAACGGAUGCUACUGGAUUAGCCACUUUGAAACGACUGUAAUUCGAGAACAAUAAAUUUUCUA